AUGUCUUUCGUUCAUGCUAGUAGUUGUGAUUGCUCCAAGUCGGAGUUGGAUUUAUUUUCUUUACCUCCAACACAAUCGCAUAUAGAACACGGUCAAUGGGUAAUGUACAAACCGAUUUCAUCUUUGCAGGACCAAACGCCGAUAGAAUUUUGCCUACCUGGUCAGGGGUCAGAUUACAUCGAUUUAUCUCAUACUUUGCUGAGUAUUAAAGCUAAAAUCGUAAAAAAUAAUGGGGAAGCCAUCGUGGCGGCUGAUGAUGACGAAAUCGGGCCCGUCAAUAACUGGAUGCAUUCAUUGUUCAGCCAAGUAGAUGUUUAUUUAAAUCAGAAAAUAGUGUCAUCUUCAAGCAAUGCAUAUCCUUACAGGGCUUAUUUUGAAAAUUUAUUAAGUUACGGACCUGGAGCUAAAAACUCACAUUUAACCUCAGUUUUAUGGUACAAAGACACUGCAGGUCAUAUGGAGGUCGCCGAUAAUGAAGGUUUGGCAAAGCGGCGCUCAUUUAGCAAACGUAGUAAAACUGUAGAGAUGAUUGGGCGUAUUCAUAGCGAUAUUUUCUCCCAAGAUAAAAUGUUAUUAAACAAUGUUGAUUUAAAAUUACGAUUAGUCAGGACUCGUGAUAGUUUCAGCUUGUUAGGGAAAGAAGGAUAUAAAAUCAACAUUUUUGAGGCUAAUUUGUUCGCUCGACGAGUCAAAGUUUCACCUAACGUGUUGAUAAGUCAUGCAAAAGGCCUUGAGAUGACAUCAGCAAAGUAUCCAAUAACUAGAGCCGAUGUAAAAACAAACACCAUCCCUGCUGGUGUCCGCAGUGCGUCCCUAGAUAAUGUUGUCAGCGGGCAACUCCCUACACGGAUUAUCAUGGGGAUGGUUUCUAAUACGGCUUUCAACGGUGACAUAACAUUGAACCCUUUCAAUUUUCAAACUUUCGGGUUAGACUAUGCAUCUUUUCAUAUUGACGGGCAGCAGAUUCCUGGAGUAAUUUUAACUCCCAAUUUUGACUCCGAGGAGUAUAUAAGAACAUUUCACACACUUUUCUCAGGGACUGGUAUACAUUACUCGGACUCAGGAAACGAGAUUAAUAGAGAGGAGUAUACGGCAGGAUAUGGACUUAUCGCUCUAGAUUUUACUCCGGAUCUCGAGGCUCACAUUAAAUCUCAUUGGAGUCUAGUGCGCCACGGUAGCUUAAGGAUUGAAUUGCGUUUUAAUGCAGCUCUUGCUGCUGCGAUAACGGUUAUAACCUAUGCAGAAUUCGACAACGUUAUAGAAAUUGACAAAAGUCGUAACGUCGUCGUUGAUUUCGGUGCUUAA